GGGACCUUUUCAGUCUUAAUCCGACGGGUACUCGGUUGUGUACUACUCUCAUCAGGAAUUAAAUUUCGGAUUAUUUAUACAAGUGAAGGCGACAUUACAAUGGAACGCGUCACGAUCAGCAUGGACGUGUAACAGGGAUCUGACCACAUUUUUACGACGUAAAAUAAAUUUAUGUGCAAUGUUUUUCCUCUUUCUGUUUCUGUUUUGGGCUUCCUCGUUCUCUCUCGAAUUGCAGAGAGAAACUCAACAAAUUCUGGUUGAUGGUAUAUUGACUGAAGUGACAGUCAAAACUAAUGAAAACGUCAACAUGACUUGUAAUGUAAUACCAGGCCUUGAAAACUCCGUGACAUGGUACAAAGAUGACAACAAGAUUAACAAAAAAACCCCAAGAAUGACACUGUCAAAACAUUGGUUGAAAAUAUCCAAAAUAAAAUUGAGUGACCAGGGCCAUUAUAUGUGUUCAGUUGAAAACAACAAACUGUAUAAUGUAUCCCUGAAUGUUCUGUCAGACUUGAGGCCUAGCUUCCAAGCCUUAGACCACAAAAAAGAUGUCGACGAUGAGCUCUGGGUUGAAACGAUCGAUGACAUAGAUGACAAUUGGGACGAUGAAGAAGUCAAGCCUUAUUUUACAAGUUAUGAAAAAAUGCAUAGCAUCAUUGCUAAAACAGCAGGUGACAACUGUACAUUGAUAUGCAAAGCUUUCGGCAUUCCAAAACCGGUGACCAAAUGGUAUAAAGAUGACCACGAGUUGAAAAACAAAGUCAGAUCAUCUUUAAAUUUUACGCAGCUUUCUGUAAAAGACAGUGGUACAUAUACUUGCAUCGUGAGCAACAGCCAAGGGACUAUUCAACACAAGUCUAAGUUAAAAGUUUAUGAAUCAGAAGUUGAAUUGCCUAUUUUUGUCGAAACGCCAGCAAAUAUGACAGUACUAGUCGGCAGUGCAGUAAGUUUUGAAUGCAAACCGCAUUCGAGCGAAUCUGAAAACAUCGUUUGGCUAAAGCAUAACAACUAUAUUGAUCCAUCCCAAUUUAAUGAUACUGGGAUAAUAAAUAAAUAUUCAUUAAAAAAUCAACCAAAAAAUAAACAGAUAUUGUCAAUUAUGUCAGUUAAUCUUGAAGACACUGGUUGGUACUCAUGUCUCAUCGAUGGAAAAGCUUCUAGUAGUGCCUGGCUACAAGUAAAUGAAGAACUUCAUCCAACUGGAUUGAUGAACGACACCCAUUUUAUGUAUUCUCCUGUAUUUACCAAGGUAGAAAAAAUGCCUAAAGUUGUUGCAAAACCAGCAGGCAACAUGUUCAGGCUAAAGUGUGCUGCAGAUGGUAAUCCUUCACCCAAUAUAACUUGGUACAAAAAUGGUAAAACGCCACAGCGAAAUUUGGGCUCUGUGAAAUACAGCGGGUGGACGAUGAAGAUGGAAGACUUAAUUAAAAGCGACUCAGGGAAUUAUACCUGCAUUGUAUGCAACAUACUUGGCUGUAUAGAACAUGACUUCAAGGUAUUUGUAGAAGAAAGACUUCCACAUAAACCUUUCAUCAAAGAGGGAUACCCACGAAAUUCAACCGUUCUUGUAAAUACAACUGCCAAACUUGAAUGUCCGACAUUAACGGACUUGGUACCGUAUAUGCAAUGGGUUAAAGUUUUUUUCUCUUAUGCUGGAUCUAGUGAGAUAAACAAUGUCCCGGAUCCCCUCCUUAACGGAACUGUAAUUCAGGCAGGAGAUCAAAAUAAUAGUGAUCCUGAGAAAUUAAUAAUAUCAAAUGUCACUCACGAACAUGAAGGCUGGUAUACGUGCAUUGCAGGAAACAGUUUGGGAUAUACGUAUGCAAGUGCCUACUUGGAAGUUGUAGACGAAUUUCCAAGUACAUCUGAUGGCAGUGCCCUCCGUCUGUUCGGCGCCCUUAUCGUCUUUUGUUUAUUUCUGAUUGCGUUAGUCACCUUUCUUUUGAAUGCCGUCAGAAAAUUUAAAAGAGAAAAACUGGAAAAGAUUUUGGCUUUGGAGGCUGAGAGAGCUGCAGCAAUCACUCAGUGGACAAAAAAAGUUAUAAUAGAAAAACAAUGCCUCGUUAACGAGCAAGAUCCUCUUGUAGUGCCAAUCGUAAAAAUUGAAAAACAGAAGACGAGAAAUACUAAACUUGAAUCUCUAGUCUCAGAAUAUGAGUUACCAUUGGACACGGAUUGGGAAUUCCCUCGAACCGAUCUUUUGAUGGGGAAAACUCUCGGUGAAGGAGCUUUUGGAAAAGUAGUGAAAGCCGAAGCCUUGGGUAUAAUCCAGCCAGAAAUUUCCACCAUUGUCGCUGUUAAAAUGCUCAAAGAGGGUCACACUGAUACUGAAAUGAUGGAUCUCGUCUCAGAAAUGGAGAUGAUGAAAAUGAUAGGCAAGCACAGAAAUAUCAUUAAUAUAUUAGGUUGCUGUACCCAGGACGGGCCUCUCUAUGUUAUUGUUGAAUAUGCUCCUUAUGGCAAUCUCCGAGAUUUCCUGAGGCAGCACAGGCCUUCAUCAGGCUACGAACCUGCUAUCGGUGAAGCAAUCAAAGAUAGGAAUACCCUUACACAAAAAGAUCUGGUUUCCUUUGCAUAUCAAGCUGCCAGGGGAAUGGACUAUUUGGCUUCAAAACGGUGCAUUCACCGAGACUUGGCAGCUAGAAAUGUUCUAGUCAGUGAAAAUUAUGUCUUGAAAAUUGCCGACUUUGGUUUGGCUCGGGACAUUCACAGUCACGACUAUUACAGGAAAACCACAGAAGGAAGAUUACCAGUGAAAUGGAUGGCUCCUGAAGCUCUUUUUCACAGGAUAUACACUACUCAAUCUGAUGUUUGGAGUUAUGGAGUUCUGCUGUGGGAAAUAAUGACAUUAGGAGGAACACCCUAUCCAUCAGUGCCAAACAUGGAAAAACUCUUCCAAUUGCUCAGAAGUGGUCAUAGAAUGGAAAAACCUCCAUGCUGUUCCCUUGAAAUUUAUAUGGUCAUGAGAGACUGCUGGAGUUACCAAGCUAAUGAGCGUCCAACAUUUAGCGACUUGGUAAAGAUCCUGGAUAGAAUUUUAAUGGUUACAGCGAAUGAGGAAUAUUUGGACCUUGGGUUACCUCACCUUGACACUCCACCGACAAGUCAAGAAUCAAGCAAUGAUGAAGAAUUUCCGUAUUUGUUAAAUGUUGACUCCCCGUCUGCAGCGAUGUCUGAAAAAGUGAUCAAAAUCGUUCCGGUGAACCUGCAAGAGUUCGACCUCCUCAUCAACAAGGAGACGACCGUCGAAGAGACGAUAAUCGUCUUCUGCAAGCGGUUCAACAUAAAGCCGAUAUGCAGGAAUCUGUUCGCAGUCCGGGACCGGGUCGAUCACUGGCUGCCUCUCCACGUCCGCCUCUGGGACAUGAACGAAGACGUCUUCAAGAAAGGUCUCGAGAUCAGGAUCAGGUAUAGGAUGCCUAACAUACAGUCUCUUAAGAACAUGGAUCUCAGAGCUCUGGACUAUUAUUUUCUGCAGGUGAGGGAAGACAUCCUUAAUAGUAACAUCAAGGAAAUAAGCUACGAGAAGCACAAGGACGAGCUCAUGGGUUUGGGAGUAACGGAUAUGUACAGAGUGAUGAUUGAGAAAAACCUAGCCAUACCCAUGAUCCUCAACGAUUACAAAAGGCACAUACCGAAAGAAAUCUUGAAGCAUCACAAAUUCUUUGUUAAGAAGCCGAUUUUUGAUUCUCUCACAAAGCUCGAAAGCACUGGGAAUCGUGAUGUUUUAAGCGUCAAGUACAACUAUUUAUUCCAGUUUGAAGGGAUGGCGCCGAACUAUCUUUCAGAAGAGUUUGAAGGGCAGAUUGAAGAUAAAGGUGUUUUUAGAUCUGCAGAUUUGUUUGUAAAUAUCUACAGCAAAGAGAGACCGGGCGUUUCGUUCUGCUUUAAACAAGGCGUUGAAGGGGUGACGCAUCUUUGUUCGAUCGACGAUAUCUGCUGUGUGUCUAUUUGUGAAACAACUGUUGAAAUCGCAAGAAAAAACGGCAUCCCGGUCUACAUUAAAAUGUCUAAGCAGACUAUGGACUCUUUUGUCACACUAUUAGAUGGAUAUUAUCGCCUCUCGGUAAAAUCGAUAUUCAAUAUUUGCAAAGAUUUUUAUACUCCUUCUCUUAAAAAAUUGUUAAGUCUGAAAAUCCAUGGACCUGUCGGAGGUGUUUUUGCCUAUAAUAAACUAGAGAAGAAGAGAGAAAACAAACCCGGCUGCUUUAUCCUAAGGGAAUGUGAAAAUACUUACAACACCUAUUUGGUCGAUGUAUGUACUAACACGAGUAAAGUUAUAACAUACAAGAUUGAGCAAAAAGGUGAAGGCCAUUUUUUGUUCGAAGGCGAUAAGAAUACUUACGAUUCGAUUCAGGCUAUAUUGGCUAAGUUCAGGUCUCCGGAAAUUGAUAUACCUAUGAUCGAAAUCAUCCCACCUUCAGAAUAUGACGAGUCUCAAGUGUUGUUAUGUCGUAAGUUGCAAGCGGUAAAAGAACGACCGAAAGACAUCGCAGAUGAUACGAACGCCUCGCCGCAGUGCAUCAGCUUUAAAAAUCUCCAGAUCUUUCCCGGCAACGUUUAUCCGAGUAAGAGGGGUUUCACUCAGGUCGAGAAAUUCCUCUGGAAAACGGAUAGUCCGGAAAGGAAGGUUACAGUAGCAGUGAAAGUGCUCAAAAAGGCAAAUUACGAUAAACACCUUCAAGAAUUCUUGCAGAUGAUGAACAAAUGGACUUUUUUGAAAUCAAAUACCAUAGUGCGACUACUCGGUAUCACAAUUUUUCCUGUGGCAAUGGUUACCGAAUACUAUCCUUUAGGGUGUUUAGACGAUUACCUGCAAAAGUAUAAAGACGACAUCCGUGAAGUGGAUCUCGUAGAAGCGGCAGCUUUUAUCGCCAAAGCUUUAUGGCAUCUGGAAGGGGAAGGUAUAGUCCAUGGUUAUUUAAGGUGUCAUAAGGUGUUAGUCGUAUCGCACACUUCCCUCUCGUUCAAUGUCCGUCUGAGCGAUCCGGGAAUCCAGGCUCUAGGAGAUCAAGAUUGGCAUUGGAUUCCGCCGGAGUUGUACGACGACCGAGAUGAGAUAUAUAAAAGGACGGCCGCUGAUGUCUGGGCCUUGGGUACCACUUUGUGGCAGGUGUUUUCGUACGGCGAGCAACCUUUUGUCAAUGGCAGUAUCAAGGAUUUUUAUUUGAGUCGCAAACGGCUCGACAUGCCGAAAGACUGCUCGGAGGAGAUAUUCAGAAUAAUCGAGGAAUGCUGGCAUCACGACCCAGACCAGAGAAAGCGCCCACAAGGGGCUCUACGAGACCUUCACCAGCUGCUGUAUCAGGUACACAACUCAAGACGACCCCAUACUUACACCCUCGCGCGGCCAGUUAGAUCCAACGAAGACGAUGAGAGUUGUACCUCCGUCACUUCUCAAUUAACCACCUCGUCGUACAUGGACGACCCCGACACCGCUGACAAAAGAAUCUUAUUCGGAAAAGACUCUUCUUUAUGGUCACAUUUCAAUCUUCAGAAUUCUUCUUUAGACAGUACGACCUCUAUUCAGAGUAUAUACGAACUCUCUAGAAAUUUAGAUUCCGAAGGUAUAAAAAAUAUUGUACUCGAGACACGUAUCGGAAAAGGGUGUUAUGGGGAAGUGUACAGAGCAAUUGCCGAAUAUACGAAUCAUGCUAGCGAGCCUCAAAUAGUGGCUGUUAAAAAAUUGAAUACAAACCAUUCUUCUUCGGGGAGGGCUGAUUUCCAAAGAGAAAUCGCCAUAAUGAAAAGCUUGAAACACCCGAAUAUCGUCGAAGUCAAAGGAGUGAUACAAGAACCCGAAAUACUCUUGAUAAUGGAAUAUGUUCCACAGGGCUCGCUAAAGUGCCAUCUCUGUUCUAACAGAGAUCAUUUCACAGAAAGACACCUAUUCAAAUAUUCAUUGGACAUCGCUAGAGGCAUGGACUACCUCGCUCAGAAGAACAUCGUCCACCGCGACCUAGCAGCCAGGAACAUCCUUGUAGCCAGCGAAUUCACAGUCAAAAUAUCAGACUUCGGACUGGCUCAGGUUACAGACAACAACUACUACAUUUUAAAAACGUGCAGGGAGCUGCCGCUUCUGUGGUACGCUCCUGAGUCUAUUCAGGACGGUAAAUUCUCGACGUACUCGGACGUCUGGAGUUACGGAGUCCUGCUAUACGAAAUGUUCUCCUUCGGCCAGGACCCGGUCAUCAACAAUCAGUCCUCAAAUGCCGAAACGCUUUACACUUGCCUCAAGUCUGGCACCCGGCUGCCUCGACCCGAAAGCUGUCCCGGUGAAGUCUAUGCCAGCGUGAUGAUGAGGUGUUGGAAAUUCAAUGAUAAGGAAAGACCUUCUUUCAUGACGAUUAUAGAAAUCGUCAACAAACUGGCAGGGCUUCAUGCCAAUUGAGUUUAUUGGCCCAAACAGUUGGUUUUAUAUUUUAUUUAGAAACGACUUUCCAAUUUAACGGAAAUGCUCACUUGUAAAUAGGUCGUGCAUGAAAGAAACCAGUCCUUUUAGAUAUUAACUGAAACAUUAUUUUUGAUCCGGAGAUUAAAUUUUAGAUUGUAUUUUAAUAUCAUCAAAAUUUAUAUGGGAAUACUGUUGUAGUUGUAGAAGUAGAAAUCGUUCUCAGUUGUAUGUAGCACAAAAUUUCAUAUUUUUACAUACAACUUGGACUAGUAGUUUACAUCAAACAUUAACUGUCACAUUUUUAAACACAUCAUCUGUAUAAAACUAGAGAUUAAUUUUUUAAUUGAAUUCGACCUCAGUACUGUAAAAUUUUUGGUAACCAUAACAUGAAAGAUAUAUCGGAUAAGAUUUUAAAUUAGUUGUUAAAAUUAAUUGGUCUGAGCAUUGAUUUAUUUAAAAAAAGUUUGUAUGUUUAUUUGCACAGUUUCAACUCGUUAAUCUAAUGAGCGUUUAAAAUAUUAUUUAACAGGCAGGUUAUGCCGUUUUCACAUUAACUAUAGAAUCUAAAUCUUGGUUUUUCAUGAUACCUGUAACGCUGAAUAAUUUGAUUCAGUUAGAGUAUUUUUUUAUUUUAUUGCAUUAUGAAGGACCUCAGGUGAGGUUGAAACGGUUUUCUCCGGGGGAAGGAACAAUGCGUUAUCCUAAUUUUCAUUUCAGUGCCAUGUAUCGUCGUGCAAAGGUAAAAUGUGAUACUGUG